UCGCGCGUGAUCUGUCGUACCUUGUCGUCGGCCUUUGGUGCUGUUUCUGCCGGCGGUGGUUUUACGGAGACGUUCAACGGAGUCCUGCGAACGACGGGACAUCAUAUCAGUGCGAGGGGUGACGAAAUGUCGACGACAUAGUCGGUGUCGAUAUGCCGUCACAACCGUCCGUUCGCAUGAAACCCACUCGAGGGCGGAUUGUCAAAAUGAAUUGGGUGUUCAGACUGGCGGCCGAGCUCGUCUUGCUACUGUGCAUCCACCAAACAGUUUGUGGAUUUGGCACUGAAGAACAAGGACCUCGUUUCACAGUUGAACCACCCGUAUCGGUUUUCUUUUCCAACGCCACUGGUGCUCGAAUCGAAUGCGCAGCCGAAGGAACGCCUCAGCCUCUGGUCAGAUGGCAAACUGUCGCCGACGGGAAGACCGUAGCGGAUGUACCGGACGUUGUUCGCGUGGAAGGCAACGGCACGCUGAUAUUCUUACCGUUUGCCGAAGAUCUGUAUUCACCGGACAUACACUCUGCUGCAUAUCGAUGCGUGGCCCACAGUCGAGCCGGCACCAUAGUGUCUCGUUCCGUUUUUGUCAGAGCCGAGGUUGUAAGGGAUUUUGAACCGGUUGUCAGAGAUACCGUGACCAUGCCCGGUAACGUGGCCGUGUUCUCAUGCAUAAUACCAGGAGUCGAUUACAAUGGAAGUGAUGGCCCACCUGACUCUGUGGCUAUAACAUCAUGGGUACAAGACGGAGUUUUUAACAUAUUCCCCUCUUGGGAAAUUGAUUCGAAAAUCAUUAUGGUGCCCAAGUCGGGUAACUUGCGCAUUGGAAACGUCGACGAGAACGACCUGAGACACAGUUACACUUGUCGUAUAGUGAACAAGCUGACUGGAUUCACACAAGAGAGUGGCGCAAAUGGACGGAUUUAUUUCGAGAGCAACCGGACCUUGGCUCCUUGGUCAAAGUCACCCGUGUUCACGUUGCAUUUGGUCAAGCAAGGCGAACAUUUGCUGUUGCCGUGUGACGUUUACGGGUUCCCGCCACCUCAAGUAUCGUGGACAUCUGGCACAUCAGCGGACCAGGAAUUUAGCGAACCACCGGCUGGAGUGGAAAAGAAAAAAUAUCCCAUGAACUUUUUUCGUUUGCGGUCUGUUCAAAAGUCGGAUGCAGGCAAUUACACUUGUACGGCGUCAAACGUUGCCGGCCAUCUGAGACUCCACCAUCGUGUCAUCGUCAUCCCGGACAUGAGUGCUCAAGUAGUACCCUCUCACUAUGAAAUCGAGGCAGGCCGGUCGACUUCAUUCACUUGCAUCACAUCCAGUAACGACGAAAACCAAAUUGUGACCUGGCUUAAAAACGGAGAACCCCGGAAAUCGACCUCUUCAACGCCGCCCACAUACACACUUAACAUCGAUUCGGUGCAAAAACAUGACCAAGGUAUCUAUCAGUGUGUGGUCACCAACAAGCUGAAUAACGAAAUGGCUCAGUCUUUCGCCGAACUCCGUCUUAGUGCUACCAAACCGGUGUUCAAAUACAAGUUCAUCGGUCACCUCGUGGAACCCUCUGCAGAAGUCACUCUCAAAUGCAUCGCUUAUGGCACACCACCGCCUCAAAUCUCAUGGAAAGUCGACGGUUUUGACGUUGCUCAGUCUCAAACGCGCGUGGCUGUCAGUCAGUACGUUACGGAAGUAGGCGAAGUUAUUAGCCAUUUCAACAUCACCAAAGUGCAAGUCGAAGAUGGAGGUAUGUACGAGUGCGUGGCGACCAACCGAGCAGGGAUGGUGUCCCAUUCAGCCAAAUUACAAGUGCACGGCAAUCCGGUAGCCAAAAAGUCGCCUAAAAUCAUUGCACGAGCUGGCCAACAACUUCAAAUCAACUGUCCAGUAUCCGGCUAUCCAAUAUUAUAUGUCAAUUGGGAAAAAGAUAAUAAGAAGUUGCCCGGAUUGAAAUUGACAAACAAAAGGUACAAGGUGUUCAAUAACGGUUCGAUAAUCAUUGACAACGUGCAGAAGAAAACUGACCAGGGAACGUACUACUGCGAAGCCAGCAACGACAACCAUGUGGCCAAAGCAUCGGUAGAGGUGGUAGUUAUCGAACCUCCACACAUUCAUCCGUUCACAAUAGAAGACGGUUAUCACGAAGGCGGUCGAGUAGGAUGUCAGUGUUUUAUAACCAAGGGGGACGGGCCGUUGAGCAUCCAGUGGUUAAAAAACAACCAAACCCUGGACUCUGCGGCCUCGGUACCACCGUUAUCGGUCACCUAUCAGAACGAGUACAGCAGCUCUUUGCUCAUUGAAAGCAUAAGAUUAUCGCACGAAGGAAAUUACACUUGCCGGGCCACAAACCCGGUGGCUACCGUCGAGCAUACGGUCACGCUGACCGUACUCGUGCCUCCGGAAUGGAUCUCUGAACCCAAGGAUAUGAACGUGAUACGAGAUGACGAAGCGGAAAUUAACUGUUCAGCAUCAGGACACCCCAAACCUAAUAUCAAGUGGAGAAAGGGAACAAGCAAAGAUUCUGAUCAGUUUACCGAAGUCACCGACAAUGUGACAUCUGAAGGCACUCUGAUCAUAAACAGAGUGACUAAGAAGCACGAGGGGUUUUACAUGUGUGAGGCAAACAACGACGUAGGUCAACCGAUCAGCGCAGUUAUCCGUUUGAGCGUACAAGAUCUGCCACACAUAAUACUACCGAACACCAAGUACACCUCGGUCAAUGGCGGGGAAGUGACUAUGUCUUGUGAGGCCACUGGAGACCAACCGAUACACAUAUCGUGGAUCAAAGGAUCAACUCAAUUGAACUACAAGAGUAACAUUCCGAGAUACACAGUGGAAGAGAUGUAUACAGACAUGUCGGUCAGAUCCAAACUCACAAUAAAAAAGGUUAGCGCCACUGACUCUGGUCGUUACGUUUGCGUCGCUGAAAACUCCUUGGGGAAACACGAAGCUGCCAUGGAACUGGAAAUCAAAGUUUUGGGAUCGCCACCCGAUGACCUUACCUGCAAUGAGACCACACCCACGAGUAUUCGAUUGCGAUGGACCGACCUUAACGCCAAUAGUCCCAUGAGCGAUCACAUACAAGGAUACGUGGUGACCUAUUCCAGAGUGGUGCCACCCGACGAUUUGAUAAACGAAUAUGACGAAAUAGAAGUAUUCCAGAGCGGCGACGACGUCAUCAUAUCCGACUUAGACACAGACACAGCGUACGAGUUUACAAUUAGAGUUAACACCAUCCAAGGGCCGGGCAAAUCAAGCAAGCCGCUGAUAUGCAAAACAUCCGAAAGCUUGCCAGGACCACCGGCUGCCUUAAAAGCCAUGCGGAUGUCGCCUACCACAGCUCUCAUCACAUGGAUCCCGCCAAAGAAUCCUAAUGGCAAAAUCAAACGCUACACCUUAUACGAACGCGAGAUACUCAACGGCAUGCAAGGCGUACUCAAGUCUCAGCUAUACGAUCACACCAUCCGACAGGUGCAACUGUCUAUGUUUAGAGACACUGUCAGCUAUUUGUGGUGGGUGUCCGCUACAAACGACGAAGGCGAAGGAGUAAAAUCACAUACAGCCACACUGUCGGCGGCCAAAUCUAGUGGAAUCCCAGCAUCGAUCGGUACGUUUUCCGACACCGUACAAACCAAAUGGCAUACCGACGUCGAUCUGCCCUGCAUCGUCAGCGGCAUCCCAACACCGAAUGUGAAAUGGACACGAGACGGUCAGCCAAUCGAAUUACAUUCACAGUCAAAAGUCUAUGAGAACUUUACUCUGCAUUUGGCGUCGGUGACCAGCUCGGAUACUGGCAAUUAUACUUGUACGGCAUGGAACGUCUACGGAUCCGAUGUCGUGUCAACCGACUUACUAGUCGUAGAGCCUCCCAAACCACCAAUACUCGGGGUUAUGAGCACGUCGUGGACAAACAUCACAGUGAAAUGGACCAAAGCACCGGACACCUACGCCAUUCAACAAUACUUACUAUCUUACAAAUACGUCAACGAACUGGACAACAUGUACACAGAGGUAGCUUUAUCGUCACGUACCAACAUGUUCACCUUGCCCAACAUCAAGUGCGGUACCACAGUGGCUUUUAGCAUUUCAGCAAGCAACCGCGUUGGCCACGGUAUGCAGAGCAGACCGUUUCAUGUGAAAACCCUCCAAGGACAAACGCCUUUGGCGCCAUCUCAAGAAGAAGCUAUCGAAGAAAUGGUAUCCGGUAUCCUGAUCCACCUGCAAAAAUGGGACGGCAAACAUUGUCCAAUCACUCACUUUAAUAUUUUCAAAAGACAACCGUUCGAGAAAGACUGGACGGCCGUUGGCGAAAAUGUUGCUCCGACAGAAAUAUAUUCAAUUGAUAACUUAAAACCGUCUACCCAUUAUAACAUUUUGGUGAAGAGCUUCAAUUCGGCUGGAAUGACAUCAACCGUAUACGCCGUUUCCACCAUAUCCCCAUACGGAGAGAAAACUAACAAAAGAGCUUUAUCGGUUAACGACAAAAUAAUGAACGUUAUUUACAAUAUCGCAGGGAUGUGGCAUUACGGAAUAAUUGUUUUGUGUUUCAUCACAAUCGGACUCACCGCCUUAAUGUGCAUAAAAUACAGACACUUGUACAAUAAAAACAAUUCGGAACGCCAUUUGGAAUCAAAUACCAUGGCAUUAAAGAACACAAACUGCUCCAGACCACAGUCGCCUCUUGAAGCGUAUGAACCUUGCGCCAGCACUCAUUUCAAACCAAAGAAUACCAUGGUCAACAAUGUCGAAUCAAAUUAUAAUGAAAUCUCACCGUAUGCAACUUUCCAAAUUGCUCAGGAAAAAUCACAUCCGAUAAAUAAAAAUUACUUCUGUACCAGCUGCGCUAAUAACGCGGACCACUGUACUUGCAGUCGAAUAUACACCCCGCAAUUGGAUUAUGCCAACUACACAAUGCGAUCGCUGUCCAAACGAGGUAAUACUUUUUCAGACGGCGCUGAAGAUUACAAAAGCCACAACGGUUCUCUGCACGAAUUUUACGAUAUGGAAAGAGUCUCUAACACUUGCGAACAGGUCAAGAAACCAAAACGUCGGUUGUUACCACUGCCCGAUGCCAGACGCAUUACAAGCCAGGGCUCGAGGGAUUUCAGAAACCCUAACUUGCACGAAACAACUUUCACGAUGCCAAUCCAACACGAAAUGUAUAGACGUGAUCAAAACGUGGUCAGCGAUGAAGAAAACUUAGAACCCAUGUGUUCCUCCAACAACAUUCGGCCCUACAUUCAAAGAGGGUGCUAUUGAAUUUAAAAAAAAUAUAUACAUUUCCUGUUAUUUUAUGUUAAUUUAUUUAAAAAUCAUUGUUUUGUUAAAAAAACAAAACUUAGAUUAUCAACUACGGACUAAUUUAAAAAUAUAAUUAUUACCUACUAUAUACAAUUUACAUUUAUAAAAUUAAAUCGGUGGCUCACACUCAAAACUAAACUGGAGAGGCAAAGAAAAUGUUUGUGUCUGCCACUCUCCAAUCAUUUAUCCGUUUAAUUUUUACGAACAGGGGUUGGAACCUUUAUAUAAUUUCAAUGCUGGUUCCAAUUAAGUUUUCACAAAUAUAAUAUUAUAAAAUUCAGUUUCCAACAGUUGCUACAGUUUGCAACAGUUUGAUACAUUUUAUUCAGUACUAAAGGUGUUUAAAUGUUCCAUUUGAAUUACAUAAUAAUAUGUAAUCUAUUAGCACUAGAAGAACAAACUUUGUUCUAAUUAUAAGUAGCAAAUUAUAGUUUUAAUUGUAAUUGUAAUUUAAAAGUAUGUUUUUGGACGCUUUAGCAAUUAAUUAUUCUAAACUAGUAGUAUAUUAUAGUAAAAUUUACGUUUUGUUGUUUCCGUGAUAAUUGUUUUUAAACUUAUUAUCUUUUUCUCUAACAUCAUCUUCCAAAUACCUUUGCAUAGAUCUAAGACCCACCUAGAUGGAUUUUUUUUCUAACUCGAAAAAUUAUGUAAUAAUGUUACCAUAUGAACAUUUCUUUCAAUAUAUAUUUCGAAAAAAAUGUAGACCUGUUUUGAUAAUUUUAAAAAGUUAUAUUCCUCGCUAUAAUAGGAUUAGUUAGUAUAAUUUUCUCUAAUGCUGUUAUUGUUAUAAAUCAUGGUUCUAAUAAAAAAAUCCAAAUGUUUGUUAUGUUUUUAUAGUAAGGAAUUAGAGUUUUUUUAAGUUUUCUUCUUCCCACUGACCUCUUCUUCCAAAUAUAUCUGGUCACCUACUCUAGCUCUCAACUACACUCAAUUUUACUGCCUGCUGUCAUAUCAUUAAUGUUCACACCCACAUUCUAAUAUCAAUCUCAUUAACUUAAAACAAUUUCUUUUUGACUUUCCUCUACUUCUGUUUCCUUCUAUAUUCAUCUCCAUUACCGCUCUAAACCAUAUCUCUCCUCUCCUCUCCUCACAUCUCCUCAUUUUAUACUCAAGCUUACUCUUGUGUACUAACUACUUGUUUUGUUCUUUUUAGUCACACAUCCACCUCAACAUGCUCAUUUCUACUACAUGCUAUAUUUUCUAUUAUAACUUCUAAUUCACUGCCAAACAUUUUGAACCGCAUAACAUAGCCGAUUUCUUAAAUGUUUUAUAAAACUUUCAAUCCUAGUUUCUGUUAAGGUCUUUCAAAAUAUUGUAUUUCCGUUUUUUAUAAAUUAUUUUUAGUUUUUAGAGAUUGUGUUUCAUUUGGUCCCAACCCCUGCUUAGGUAAAAAAUGUAGAGGCAGCCGUUGCUACCCAUGAACUUCCUCGUGUGCGCCACUACGAUUAUAAACUUUUUAAAAAUUAACCGUCGACUUGAUUAUCGGCUUAACCAGUAUAGUAUUAUAUAUCUGUUAGAUUAAAAUAUGUAUUU